CGGAGCACUACCAAGAUUAGUCAAUUGGUCCAUGUCAAAUCUUUUCCCUUUUAUUCUCCCCUGAUGGGCACGGUGGACCUGAAACAGGUGCCUGCGGGGUCGUGACGGUGGAAAAUGAAGCCUGCAAACAAUAAAGAAAAAAAAAAAGGAGUCAAAAAGGGACGUGGUGGUGCUAAUGAAAAAGAAAGGAGGCAGCAAUAGGCAAAUUAGACAGGCAGACGAUCAUCACCAUCAGGACCGUGCCCCCGUCACGUGGAAUACAAAUACCUACUGGGACUUGCGAAGUCAUUGUCUGCUUUGUUCUUUGUUCUCUGUUUCCAGUUCUCUAACCUCAGUCACUCUUUUGACCACAUCCUCAACAACUACUUCAUCGUCGUGAUCUUUAGCCGGUUACCUGCCAGGCUUCAUCUACUCGCUUCUCUUCUACCAUCAGUUACCUCUACCUAAUAUCUCCAUAUUAUUCAAAAUGGCGCCGGCUUUCAUUGCUAAGUUGAAGCUUAAGCUCAAGUCUAUCUUCCGUAAGAAGAAGACCGACCAGGAGGAUUCUGAAGCCACUCCUGCUGCUGAUGUUGCUGCUGCUGCGGAGCCCCAGGCUGAUGCCCCCGCUGAGACCCCCGCCGAGGGAGCGAAGCCGGAGCCUACUGAGCCUGUGACAUCCUCAACUGCCCCGGUUCUGGAAUUGAACACGGGCGCACCAACCGCAGAAACCGUGGCGGAGGACCACGCCGCGGAGAAGAAGGCCGAGGCCGCUGCUGAGGCUGCUGCCGACAAGCCUGCCGAGACUGUUGGGCAAGCGAAGGCCGAAGAGUCGAAGUAACCGAACUCAUGGCGACGAGCGAUGCGUUGUGAUCUCCACGCAUUUUCCAUUCUUUCACCCUCGAAUUCCUUAAUACCUUGCAUCUCAUACCCAGCAUUGACUGCUACCGAUUUCCUUGUGCUCUGUGGUCGAUAUCAUCUUCUCAAAAUACCCUAUCUUGUUUGUAUUAGCUUGGCCUUCCAUACCGUUUUAAUCGUCUGAACCGAACUCGAAAUAGAUC